CUCAUCUUUACAGCCCUGACUCUUUUUUUUUUUUUUUGUAUCUCUCCACCAGCAUCAUCAACCUUCAUUAACCCCCUAUUCAUUUCUUUGUUUCUUUCAAUUCCACAUCCAUCUCCCACCUCUUUUAUUUCUCCAAUUUCUGGCUAAAUGAAGGACGUGGAUGGCGAUGAAACUGGUUUUGCUCAGCUUAUUCCCCCCACGAACUACAACCUUCGAUUUGGGGGUUCUGGAUGCUCGCACGUUCUUGCGGAAAGAGAGGAGAGCUUUCUCCAUCGAACUGUGUUGCUGUCCAAUUUUCUGGUGAAGGGGGUGUCGUCCGAUUUCGCCGUGAAGGAGGUGUCGUCCGAUUUCGCAGUGAACGAGGUGCUGUCCGAUUUCACCGUGAAGGAGUUGCCGUCCAAUUUCACUGUGAAGGAGAGUUUUUUUUAAUUGUUCUUUCCUUUGACUUUCAGUUUCAGAGAAGGACAAGAACACUUCAACGUCAAAGUCGGAAUCAUCAUCAACAAAUACACCCUUCGGUGAAAAUACUUUAGCACUGUAGCACUUUAUGUAUCCAGUACUUUUGUUUGUGUCCUGAAGGGUAAAACGGGAAACUCAAACCCUCUGUCCAUGUUUCUUAUUUUCUGCGCCCAAGGGAGUGUUGCAUUUAAUACCGAACAGAGGAAGUAUUUGACAGUGUGUAAAUGAAAAUGGGCAAAGAGAUGUGUGACAUAUUCUUAUUGGGAAAGAAACAUACCUUGAAAAUUUUGAAUGGAUUGAACACCAAGAAAAUAGUGUACAUCCCCCGGGUCUUUCAUAGAAAAAUGUCUAACAAUAGUCAGAAUAAAACAGUGGACUUGAUAGGCACUAGUUAUUAGUGCUUAAGUGUACAUUUUUAUUAUCAUUUGUAAUAUUUAUUUACUAGUAUUAUGCAAG